UCGCCGUACGCGAAAAUUAUUUCCGACAUUUUGAAGAAUCAUCAAAUUACACAUAUGUUCCUGUUCUUAUCUUUUCGUCGUAUUUAUCAGUUUAACGAGCAACAUCGAACAUCAACGGUAUCUCACUAUAUAUCAUAUAAAACGCUCCACGCUAUCAGUCACUUAAAUUUCGCAAACGGGGCGCGAAAACUUCACCCUUGACCUCCCUCAAAGGUGACAACUAUCUUUCAAGAGUAUUCCCACUGGCACGUAGGCGCGAUUAAUUUCCCGAUAUGAUACGAGCGAAUUUUUCCCCGCGUGGGGAACGUUUAUCGGAUCGAAGCUUGUGCGGUUAUCAGUGAAACCGAAACGAUCGCCGGCCGGUUUCACGCGCGGACUCGGAGGAAUCAGGUCGAUGGUGAGUACACCACCUUAAGUAAGCCGAAGGCGGCUGAUGAUGUCGCCAGACGAUGACGUCGUACUCGAUAAGUUGCUCUCGAAUGGGGAACCGGCCGGGUGGGGCCUAUUGGUCUCGAGUCGCUUCCACAGGCUACACACUCAGUGUGAAAGUGGCUGUAGGCCGGUGCGCACGUUGAUCACAGGCCUUGAAGAGAGACUCCGGGGUCCUGUUCGACCUCAGUCUCUCUCUUUUCCCCGCUCCGCGCCCCGGCGAUGUUCCACGAACGACUUCGGUGUCUGGAGGUGUGAUGGAAAGUUGAGCAGUGCGCGAAAAAUCGACGAUGCUGUGCCACGCGUUAUCCCGUGCCUCGCUGCUCGUGUUGGUCGCUCUGCUGCUCGCAACACUCCAAGUGUCGGACGGCUUGAAACCGGUCAUCUGGCCGAAGGAAAAAGAACUUUGGAUAAAUGAAGGAGAUUUUUUAGAAAUUAAAUGCACCGGCAACACUCCGAUCAAGUUUACUUACCCACAAACCAUAAUCAACAAAGUGAACACUUCGGAAACGAGAACGACCGAGAAUGAAGAGGACGGAGUUUUCAGGUACAUCUUACAACGGCCGUCGACCAUUUUCGGCGACACUGGCUGGUACAGUUGUGCCGACACAAGUGUGGAGAUCAUUUCGGAUAACUAUGAGGAUCCCGAGGUUAACUGGCUAUACGUUUACGUGAGAUCCAAUACAAGCUUCUUCGUGGAGAAUGAGCUGCUCCCCUAUUUGGAGAUGGUCACCGGUGAAGACGUCGUGAUAUCGUGCAGACCCACAUCGCCGGACAUGAAUGUCACCUUCGAUAUAGACGAGUCAAUCGAGGAAAGAAUAAAGAGCAGAUCGUGGUACGAUCCGAAAAUUGGUCUCACUAUUAAAAACGUUACGGUGAAAGACAGUGGCGACAUCACGUGCAUAAUAAGGAUGGACGAUGUGGAGCAGGAUAUCACUUACACGUUGAGCGUGCAACGAAAGCACACUUUGCCGCAACCGAUCAUCCACGAUGAGAAUCUGCGUCACGUUACACGUGGCGAAAAUCUCCACGUCAACUGCACCGUGGAAGUAGACAAAUCGUUGCGAUACUUAUUCGAUUGGAAGAAACAGCCAGUGAAUAGCAGCAGAAUAAGCAUUAAGGAAUUUGAAAGAAGACUUGACAAGGGUUAUCAAGAGGUAACGCGUCAGAUGACGAUACUUAACGUAACGGACAAGGAUGCGGGGGAAUACGAAUGCUACAUUCUGUCGAAUCGCGAGACUAAGAACGCGACGAAGAUUAUUACGAUACAUGAUCCUGAAGUGAGAUUCAUUAAUCUCACGACCCAAAGUACCGAACAACGUUAUCUGGCAGAGAAAAACGAGCAGAUACAAUGGGUCGUUUACGUCGACGGAUACCCUAAGCCUGUGAUACAAUGGUCCAAACAGAAUAACGAGGAAAUUCUGAACAGCACGAAGUACACCGUAAGAAUACUCCCGAGGUUAACUAUGUUGCAGAUAAAAUCGCUAGUUGUUCUGGACUCGGGAAAUUACACCCUUACGGCUAAGAACGACUACAUAACCAAAAAGAUCAACUUCACGUUGCAUGUUCUAGCUAAGCCGCUCACCAUGUUGUACAAUAUCGCAACUUAUUAUGCACCCAACCAGACCGUGAAUUUGUUUUGCGACGUGGCGGCUUUCCCGUCGCCAAAUAUAACGUGGAAUUUCAUCAAAUGCCCCCAAUAUCCUUCGCGUAUAAAUUCAACAACCGUGCAACUGACGAAUGUGGUGGAAAGCGCACGGAACGAUGUUGAGUUGACAUUGGAGGUCAAAAUGACGAUCGAAAUGACGGGAGUGUUGAUGUGCGAGGCCUGCAACAUCAGGGGCUGCGAAACCUCGACUGAAGUCAUCUUUGUUUCCGACGGAAUAGGUGCUUUCGCCAUCAUCCCGCCAGAAGAGCCGGUGACGAAAGGCGAUAACGUGGAACUGAUAUGCGCGGUUUCCGUAUAUAACUAUACAGAGGAAAUAUCAUGGACGAAUCAGAAGGACGAGCCUAUCGAAGAAACAGAAAGAAUUGAGAUUAUACGUCGUGAGACUCAGUUCACCUAUCGGUCGAUUUUGAGUAUCAAUAAGGUUCAAGAAUCGGACGCUCAGGAUUACAUGUGCACCGGAAAAUUCAUGGCGGAGGACAGUGAUCUUCCUGACUCUAGGCUUUACAAAUUAGUUGUAAAUGAGCCGGUGCUGCCAUUCUUCAGUUUAACCAACAUGAACGAGACCGAAAAAAAGUACAUCGACGAGGCCGAAAACGGUCGGGAGACGGUAGUUUUGAAAUGUAUCGCAGAUGGAUUGCCGAAACCGAAAGUAACAUGGUACAAAGACUACGAGUUGCUGGUGGACGACAAUAAAGGACAGUACAACUUCACAAAAAAGCAUCAGGAGCUCCACAUAAAUUACAUGUCGCAAACCGAUAGUGGAACGUAUAUGUGUCGUGCCACUAACCGAAUAGGCGAGAAGGAAACUUAUCAGGAGAUUAUAGUGAAGAACGGAAAAUGGCAGCAACACGAAAUAAUAUUAACAACUUCGUUAGCGAUUGUGGCUAUCCUCUUCCUGAUUUUCGCGGUCUUCUCCACAAUAAAGAUCCGCCGUAACAAGAUAAUGAAGAAAGAAUUGAUGGAAGCGGGUCUGAUGCACUUCGAGGAAGGCGCCUUGGAGUGUCUGAAUCCAGACUUGACGGUCGACGAUCAAGCGGAGUUACUUCCUUAUGAUAAGAAGUGGGAAUUUCCGAGAGAACGAUUAAAGCUCGGGAAACAACUGGGCAGCGGUGCGUUCGGGGUGGUGAUGAAGGCGGAAGCGCAAGGGAUAUGCUCGAGCGAAUCCGUCACCACUGUCGCGGUGAAGAUGGUACGGCGAACCACCGAUCCGACUUACGUUCGAGCGCUCGCCAGCGAACUGAAGAUCAUGGUACAUCUCGGCAAGCAUCUCAAUGUCGUUAAUCUUCUCGGCGCGUGCACGAAGAAUAUCUCUAAACGCGAACUCCUGGUGAUCGUUGAGUACUGUCGUUUCGGUAACUUGCAUAAUUAUCUCUUGAGACAUAGGACGGAUUUUGUUAACCAGAUCGAUCCCAACACUGGAAAGCUCGAUAAUACCAUCGGUUUGGACGUGUUGACGAGAACUGCCAGUAUCAAUAGUAGUAACAGGAUAAAAUAUGCCGCAUUAUCCUUUUCUCGCAGUCUUAGUGCAAAUUCGGGCAUCGAUGCGGUGCAUUAUUGUCCGCAAAUUAGCUCGGACUCUCAAGAGAUCUGCUUGUCUCCAAACGGCGGCUCUAUUCUCAGCAAUAACUCAUCUCAGCCGGGCUGGCGAUCGAAUUACCAUGGUGACUAUAAAGACCACAAUCUCAAGCCAAUUUGCACUCAGGAUCUGUUGUCUUGGGCGUUCCAAGUGGCACGCGGCAUGGAAUACCUUAGCCAAAGGAAGGUGUUGCACGGUGACCUGGCGGCGAGGAAUAUCUUGCUCGCAGAGGACAACAUAGUAAAAAUCUGCGACUUUGGUCUGGCAAAGAGUAUGUACAAAGACGGCAAUUACGAGAGGAAGGGGGACGGUCCAUUGCCCAUAAAGUGGAUGGCUAUCGAGUCGAUUAGAGAUCGAAUCUUCUCCACCCAAAGCGAUAUAUGGUCCUACGGCAUAGUGCUCUGGGAGUUCUUCACUUUGGCGGAGACGCCGUAUCCCGGCAUGGAAGCCGAGAAGCAGUAUCAAAAGCUGAUCGAGGGCUACAGAAUGGAGCAGCCGCAAUAUGCUAUGAGCGACAUCUAUGACAUAAUGCUGCAAUGCUGGAAGGCUAAGCCUACUCUGCGACCAAGCUUCACGGACCUCGUUAAAAGCAUCGGCGAUUUAUUGGACGAAAGUGUGAAAUCGCAUUAUAUCAGCUUGAACACACCUUACAUGGACAUGAACACCAUGAUCCUGGAGGGCGGCAAGAACGACUACCUGACGAUGAUGUCCGCGCCGGAUCACGCUGCCCUAUCGUCGCCGACGGACUACGUGAACUCGCCGUUCUCGGAGAUCGGCACAGACUCCGCGUACUUACGCAUGAGUCCCGGCGGUCAGACCGACGAGUCCGGCAUAUUCAGCCCAAGACCGAACCAGAUUCGCACUCACUUCGAGUUCCCGUCGCCCGUGUCGGACUCUGAGGACGCGGUCGAGCAGUCGCCCAUGCUCAAGCAGGAACCCGACCCGUAUCUGAAGCCGAUCAACGUCCAAGAACGGAGAGCCGAGUUCGCGCGGCAGAGGCAGGCGAUGAAGGACCAGUUAACCGACCGGCCUGUCGACCGCGAUUCUGGCUACUGCAACGCGCCCCGAAAUCUACAUCUGAUCGACCUGGACGAUGUGGACGAGAGCGGCACGUCCAAGGAGCAAGCCGACAAGUCGGAUUCGCGGAAGAUGGACUAUCCACCGUCCAUCAUCAGCACGCAAGACAAUUACGUGAACAUGCCGAAGCAGAAGAGUGAUCUGCGAAACGGCAUGCCGGACAGUUUCAGCAAUCCCAGCUACGUAAUAUUGAGCCCCAAUACAAUGCUGGGUAAUUGUGAGAUGGACCAACGAGCUUAACCUCAGAGACUCAGUGCGUGUGCUCGCAUGCACACAUGUGGUCAUUUCGAAUGCAGGAUUCAGAAUACGUUGAGUAUCCUGUUUGCGUGCCAGGGUGACCUCCCUUACGAUUCCUCGUGUCGCAACGCCGAUCGCGCCGUCGCAAUCGGUAUCGUGCGUUGAUGCCUGAUCUGAUACUUCACGAGACGCUUCUCGAGCGAUGUGCCAUGGCGAUUGACGGAGCGCGUCGGAAAUGCGUCGGUGAGUAAACGCCAGUCAGUUUGGACGCGAGGGAACGGCUCGAUAUUAAUUGUGACAGUAUACCGUUUCAUGAAUCACGUUCGAUUGAUAGAUACGAGCGUAGCUCCCGAUUCUUCGGAAUCGAUGUUUCGAGUAUCGGUGUGAUGCACGUGGAAAAUGCAUCGCGAAAAUUCCAAAGGCUUACCGUCGUUAUGAACACUUUUCCUCGUUUUGUACGCAAAUAAACGAUUAAUCGCGUUUACUCGACGUACGCAGUGUACCUGUGCACCAAUGAUUUAUUCGUCCCAUGGGGAACCAAGCGUAACUGUAAGAUUAUCAUACGUUUUUACCCCUCGUUAGAGGAGGAUUCCGGAGGAAGUCGAGGAUUCCGAAGUUGAAUACUUAAUUAGCUUUUAAUGCAUAACAGAAUACCGUGGUCUAUAAUAUUAUUAUAGACCACGGCAUAUAGCAUAUAGCAUUAAUAUGUCACACAUAGACACACAUACACAAAGUACAACAAAGAAUUAGUAUGUUUAAAAGCGAGAUAAAAUAUCAUGUAAUGAGAAAAUAUGUUAUCGGACUUUUUCCAUCGAUGACAUUUUUUCUAUUCUUAUUUAACAAUCUAUUUAAAAAGCUAUUCCUCUUAUCGUGUUUUUCGUAACCCUACUUUAAAAUGAAACAUUUUUAUAUCGCGACAUGACUAUUUUAUUUGUCAACUCCUAUUUGUUUGCAAGCGUGCGAACUUAUGUGGAAGUGAACAAUACAGAGACAACAUCGGAACACAAAUGGACGAGGUCUCGUUAAUCUGUACUUAAUACUCAUAACAAAAUGCUAUCGAUGGAAAUUAUCCAAUUGUUCAAUUUUGUAUAUAGUAAGAAAUAUACAUAUAUGUGUUUAUA